UAUUCCUCUCUCUUUCUCUCUUUACCGACGCCUGUCCCACUCCCGUGCGCUCAUCACCGGAGCCAAGCGGAAGAAACUCUGAUCCCACAAUCAGGAAAUACCAUUCAAACUCACCACAUCUGGCGCUUAGUGCAGCACUUUCUCCGCUAAACCCAUUUUGACCAAGUAGAAAACUUUUUUCUUGCGAGAAGAGAUGUGGGUGGUAAACAGUCUGGCCGAACCGUAACCCACUAACAGAGCCUUAAAAACCAGCGGACAGAAAAGCGCUUCUGGAGCGACAAACAUCACGGUCCGCUGUUUCUGUUGACCGACUGAAUAUGUUGCAGUGGUUGAGUGACGUGUUCUGGCAGGAGCGUCUGUGGUUCCCAGAGGGUUUGGGAUGGGCUGACCUGGAAGACCGUGAUGGGCGGGUCUAUGCGAAGGCACGGGAUUUGUGGGUGGCAGUGCCAAUCGCCAUCCUAUUUCUGGUUAUUCGACAGGUCUUUGAGAGAUAUGUUGCCACACCAUUAGCCUCUCUGCUUGGUGUUAAGGAAACUGUCAGAAGGCGAGUUACACACAACGUAACACUGGAGUCCUACUAUUGCAACACAACUAAAAAACCCCCACAGAGUUCAAUAGAGAAACUGUGCAAGCAGACGGGGUGGACAGAGCGACAGGUCCAGCGCUGGUUCAGGCGGCGCAGGAAUCAAGACAGACCAAGCCUUCUCAAGAAGUUUUGUGAGGCCAGCUGGAGAUUCGCCUUUUAUCUUCUCGCCUUCAUUGGUGGUCUUGUUGCACUAAUAGAUAAACCCUGGUUUUAUGAUCUGGAGGAGAUGUGGAAAGGGUUCCCCACUCUGACCCUCCUGCCGUCUCAGUACUGGUACUACAUGCUGGAACUGAGUUUCUACACCUCACUUCUUUUCAGUGUGGCAUCUGAUGUCAAACGUAAAGACUUUAAAGAGCAGAUCAUUCAUCAUGUGGCCACCAUCAUGCUGAUCAGUUUCUCCUGGUGUGUUAAUUACAUCAGAGCAGGAACUCUCAUCAUGUUCAUGCACGAUUCAGCUGACUAUCUACUAGAGUCAGCUAAGAUGUUUAACUACGCGAGAUGGAAGAACGCAUGCAACUACAUCUUCAUCCUGUUUGCUGCGAUCUUCAUCGUCACACGCCUCAUCAUCUUCCCUUUCCGGAUCAUGUACUGUACGUGGGUGUAUCCCGUGACCGUGUACCCUCCUUUCUUCGGAUAUUACUUCUUUAACGGGCUGCUGCUGGUUCUGCUGUGUCUGCACAUCUUCUGGGCCGCACUGAUCAUACGCUUGGCCUUCAGCUUCUUGAGCAGUAACUCGUCAGUAGAAGAUGAGAGGUCUGAUAGAGAUGAGACGGAUGAAUCAGAGGAGGAAGAGGAGAUGAAAAAUGGAGAGAUAAAGAAAAACGGACCAGCUCAGAAUGGUCACGCCAAAUAUAACAACAACCACUCUAAAACAGAGUGACUUCCUGAGAGGACAGGAUGGAGAAAUGCUCAAAAACACAAAGACUCUCCUGAAGCAGAACAGAGGAACAGAACCAGUUUUACGAACAGAUAAUCGCUUUGUACACUACAGAGUACAGACAAACACACACAUACAGUAACAGUCAUCACACGAACACAGGCACGUCGGUCACAAGUGCCAAACAGAGGAAUGCUGCCUCUACUGACGUAUGCUUACAGGAGCAGGUCACUUAAAAUCAAUAUCAUUUACUGAUGUUGUUCCAAACCUCUAUGACUUUCUUGGAGUUAUUUAUAGCAAGACGUCCAAACUGCUCUUGCCUAUAGAAUCAAAGCCAAUGGUGAAGCUGUUGUACGACUUGAAAUAAAGUGCUCAUGUCGUGCGGACUUCUUUUAUGGUGCAUUUUUGUGCAUUCUGGAGCUAUUUUUAUUGUAUGGAAGAGAGCAGCUCAGACAUUAUGCUAAACGUUUCCUUUGAUGUCCUAAAUAAAAAAGCUGUAUGGGUUGUGGACAACAUGAUUAAAGAACACUUAUUUUAGGUGACCUGCCCCUUUAAAUAGUGCCUUCUUUUGCCAUCGUUUGCUCUUUUUCAUGCCUUUUUUUUUUUUUUUUCUCUUUUUCAUUUUAAAAACACUUUUUGUCUCACAAUUGUGAGUUUAUUUCUUGCAUUUCGGACUUUAUACGUUUACAUUUGACAAUCCUGAGGAAAAUGAGUCAGAAUUGUGGGAUAUAAACUUGUAUUUCUGUCUUUUUUCCCCUCACAAUUACAAGUUUAUAUCUUACAAUUCUGACUUUUUUAAAAACUCGGAAUUGCGAGAAAUAAAGGCAGAAAUGUAAGAUAUGAACUCAGAAAAAAGUCUGAAUUGUGAGUUUAUAUCUCACAAUCUCUUUUUUAACUCACAGUUGCAAGUUAUAAAGCUUUCUCAGUAUAGCGGCGCUGAUUCCCGAAGUAUUUUUUCCAUUCAUUCUCAUAGGAAUUUUAAAAAAAGUCUUUGUUAAAGCAUUAUAAGCCAUGAACCAAGCCAACCAGCUACGAGGUGAAUGAUAACAUUACAAACUUUAAUUUUAAGCACAAAAGUGUUUGAAAGUAAGACAAAAAUGCAAAGUUAUAAGACUGUGUACUUUACAGCUUUAGUGACAGAAAGAACUACAAUCCCAUGAAGCAUUGCAAACAGCAUAUUCAAAUUAAAAACAAUAAAGAAAUAUAAAACUACUCAUUUACUAUGAGUAAAUGAGUAGUUUUGAUAAAUAUAUAUAAAGUAUAUAUAUAUAUAUUUAAGUAUUUUUAGAGUGUAAAGAGCUCUAUUGGCAUGUUUUGCUUUGAUUAGUGGAAUUUUCUGUACAGCAUUGUGGGUAAUGUAGUUUUUCACCACGAAUUCCACUGUUAAACAGUUAUUUUAAAACCAAGUUGAAAUAAUGCAGACUUCUACGGAAUCAAAUACCUUUGAUUAACAACCUCAUAGCUCACAGUAGGUCUGUCUUUAAAGGUUUAUGAGUUAUCGUUCAAAAUCAAUUUCCCUCUGGAGAAAAUGAAUGGAGUUUUUACUUCCAGGACCCGACUGCUGCACUCUAUUAUGAGAUAUAAACAAGCAAUUGUGAAUAUUCUGUGGUGGAAACAAGCUUCCAUACUUUCCAGAGUAUAACUAUGCAUCUACAUUGUUUUCAGCCACAACUGAAGUACAUUUAAAUACCAACUUAAGGUGCUUUCACACUAACGGAAUUUUGUAAUAGCUCCAUUGUCUGUUGAUGUAUGAAGAAAUAUGCUCACACAGAAGUCACUUUUAAAUCAAGCAGACUUGUGUUUGUCAACGUGACAAAUAUGCUCAAUAUGUUCAAUAUGCCCAUAAAAAUUUGCCAAACAACGGUAAAUGUGACCAGUACUGUACAGUGGGACCCAUGGGCCUUUUUUUUUUUUUUUACUUCUAUAAACACUUCCUUCCAUGUUUUAUGUCAUUUAAAAGUGCACUCAGUAUGUUUUCCUCAUUGCAUUGCACUAAAGUGUCAGUAUAAACCCAAGACGACUGCCAUAUUAGCUAACGCAUUAUAAACAAAAAAUGACUGAGUGCACCUUUAAAUAUGGCUAUUGUGCCAAAUGUUACAAACUUUCUAACACAGACAGUGUGUAAACCAAAGGAAAACCAUGCGGUACACUGAUGUGAUAUACUCUCCAUGGCAACACAAGUUUUUUUUUUUUGUUUGUUUUUUUUGAGGGGGCAGGAAAACCUCUACCUUUAAGUGAUUCCCCAAUUUAUGAUAUUAAACCCAUAUUUAUUAUUAUUCGUAACACUGAGCAAACACAUACCGAAUAAAGUUGUAGCAUGUUUGUUGUCACACAGAUUCUGAACAUUCACAGGCUGCAAACCAAAGAUAGAAAGAAUGUGUAAAAGUGUGUGAGUUUGUAUUGAUGCAGUUUGCCACCCUUGAAACUUCUUGCUGAUAAACUCCAUUCUCUGUGGUGCAGUUUUUGUGAGGUUCUUCUCACUCAAAGUGGCCAGUACUCUCUACAUUUCUGUACAGAUUCAAUCAUGGAUGACACUCUUUCAUCACCUCUGACUAACCUGCUCUAUUCUAAGAAUCUCAUUCACAUUGCAUUUCUUUGUCCUUCUCUGAUUUCAUCAUUCCUCCCAUUGUCCUCUGUACAUUGUUUCAAAUGCAGCCGAGUCAGAUUACAGUAUUAUCUUUUUUUUUGUAUUUUUCUUGUGUUUUGUAAUAUGAUGAUAUUAUUAUGGAGAAUGUUAACAAUAAAAUACUGAAUGUGUGCCGUG